AUGGAGCGGCAAGCCCGAAGAGUGCGCCUGAAGCCGUGGCUGGUGGCUCAAGUGGACAGCGGCCGCUUCCCCGAUCUCGGCUGGAUCGAUCCCGAGCGCAGGUUCUUCCGGAUCCCCUGGGAACACGCCACGCGCGCCGCCCCUGCAUCUCAAGGCGAAAACACCAUCUUCAAGGCAUGGGCUCUGGAAACGGGAAAGUUCCAGGAAGGUGUGGACGAUCCCAACCCGGCCAAGUGGAAAGCAAACCUGCGCUGCGCGCUGAACAAAAGUAAAGAGUUUGAGCUCAAGUUCGAUGGCACCAAAGAGACGCCGCUUCAACCUUAUAAAAUUUACCACGUCGUUAACACAGACACCGCCGAUGACGAGAUGCCUAAUCUGACGGAGCUGACGAUCGAUUCCGACGUCGGCGACUCGGGCGCUCUGGCGGCCCUCCCGGCUCCGUGUGGCGAUCCGAAGCAGCGGUCAGGCGUCCCCGCCCUGACCUCUGAGCUCCGUCUGCGGGAUUCCCAAAUGUCGGAUCGGGUCAGCUUCGAUCACCCGGAGGCGGGCGCCGUCGCCCGGGCCCCCGCGGAACUGCUCGGUAGCAUCCCACGGUCGACGUCACGACGCCGUUUCCCGCUCGCUAUCUCCGCCCCAGCGACAGAUCUGGACCUGAAGUUUCAGUACCGCGGCCGGCCGGCGGGUUCUCUGACCGUCAGCGACCCUCGGGGCUGCCGGCUGUUCUACGGACAGCUGGGACCGGACCCGUGGCAGGUGGACCUUUUCGGACCGGUGGACCUGCAGCAAGUCCUGUUUCCGGACCCUUCCGAGAUCCCCGGCCAGAAGCAGCGCGUGUUCACGGAAGCCCUGCUGAACGUGAUGGAUCGAGGGCUGGUCCUGGAAAUCUGGGAGCAGGACAUCUACGCCGUCCGCCUCUGUCAGUGCAAGGUAUUCUGGUCCGGGCCGGGCGUGCCCCACGGGGGCCUGCCCAAUCAGCUGGAGAGGGAGAAGAGGGUCAAAAUCUUCAGCCUGAAUGACUUCCUACAAGGACUGAUCUCGUACCAGAAAGGCGAAGUUCAGAGCGUUCCCCCUUACGAGAUCUGCUUCUGCUUUGGGGAGGACUGGCCUGAUACCAAACCCAAAGAGAAGAAACUUAUUGUGGUGCAGGUGGUUCCGGUGGUGGCACGGAUUCUAACAGAGAUGUUCUCGGGAGAGCACAGCUGGUCCAUUGACAGCAUCCGACUCCAGAUUUCCAACCCGGAUGUGAAGGACCAGACAGUGGAGCAGUUUAAAGAGCUCCAGAGACUCCUCCAGAAUCAAAAUAUCCAAGUGUCCUGA